AUGAGCUGCAGCAGUCUGGCAAGGUUAGAGGAAUUUUCAGAGGAGGAGCUGGAGCUGAGCAUGCUAGGUCAGGGAGAGAAUGAUGAGGUGAGCGACGACAGCCCCGUGGGCCCCUUGCAGGACAGCGAGGGCUCGGCCAGCAGCCCUCCCAGCGAUGACACUGAGGGGGGCCAGUCCAAGAAGCGUAGCCGCCCGGUCCGCUCCAAGGCCCGCCGUGUGGCCGCCAACGUACGUGAACGCAAACGCAUCCUGGACUACAACCAGGCCUUCAACGCUCUGCGUGUGGCACUCAACCACGACCUCAGCGGCAAGCGACUCUCCAAGAUUUCCACCCUGCAGAGGGCCAUCAACCGCAUCUCAGCCCUCUCUGUCUUCCUCAGCUCCAACCCCCCCAGUAAGCCUUGCUCCCACCGGGAGUGCCACAGGCCAGCUGGGAGGUCAUUGGCGGUGGGAACGUCCCAGAACUACGUCUCCUGUAACCACACAUCACUCCCCCAUCAGAUCCAGCCUCAGCAGGGAACCCACCCUCACAGGCUGCCAACAGAGACACACCUCUACAUUGACAGCUUGGGCUCCUCAUGCCCCCCCUCGCCACACUACCCCUGCUAUCCUGCCAAGGGCCAGUUGUACCCCUCACGCGGACACUGUGGGACAGGGAACCCCUUGGAGCAGCCACCAAGCCCUAUUAGGUACACCCAGGUGGGCGAAGGGCUGGGGUACCAGACUAGGGGGUGGGCCUCCUGCGCCCAGGGCUACAUUGAUGCCUUUAUGGAGUCGUCUCCAGCCCUGGGCCUCCCCUGGCAGGUGAGCCACAUCCAGGAGACAGCAGGCCCCCAGCACAGCCUGCCCCUACUCUGA